GUGUACGUGUGCAUAUUGCAGUGCAGGGCAGUGACAGAUCGAUUGUGCACAAGAAGAGGCCUCUGUAUUAUAACUUUUUUACGUUACAAAUUCACCUAAAAGUAAACUUACUUUUGACAACCUGAUUACAUGUGGCUAUACUAAGCAAGGAGAGGAUUUUACAGGCCAAGUAGCUCACGUCACAACUUCAGCGUCUCAUAUUUUCCGAAGAUCAAAAUCAUCAUCAUCUAUUACUUGAGUUUCAGCUGAAGAUGGCAGUAGCAAGGGAACCAGAAGAAGGAACUUGGGAAGAGCCCCCCUAUGAUUCCGAGGGAUACCUGUCCAGUGUUAAAACGCUCACAAGUCAAGAGCUGUCUCUUGCCCUUCCCCUCAAAGGGGGAGGAUCGCCAAUUGCCUUCUCCAGAGGAACCUCCGAUGAGGGAUUGCCUCUGAGUCCAGAGAGUCUUGAACCUCACACCCCAAGAGGAGACCUCCUUGCAGAUAUUCAGAGACUAGAGGGGAGGCUGAGGGAUAUUUUGGGGGUACUAGCCAGCUUGGCCCACUUAACGGAAGGUACACGGACAGAGCAGAGGUGUCUGAGUGAGAGGUUUGACGAAAUGCUGUUGGAGCGCAUUGAUAUGAAGAAGAAGUAUCGAGAGCUGGCUUACAUGGUGGAACGACUGGAGGACAGGCUGAAAACAGAGGAAGAGAAGCAGAACUUUGAUGACAAAAUGGCUAAAGAAGUUGAAGCUAAGGUCAAGGAAGAAUUGGAUAAAAGACAAAGUGAGUUCCUGGCUGAGAUGGAGGGAAAGGUUAAGACAAUGAUCCUCCAAGAACAGGCUAAAAAAGAAGAAAGAGAGGUCCAUCUGUGUAUUCGUCAGCAGCGUUUUACAGAAGAGAUGGCAGGUGAAAGAGUUGAAGAGGUAAAGAAAGCAAUGGUCGAAGCUCACAAGGAGCGUGGUGAAGUUAUGAAAAAAUUCAGAGUGACCAAAGUGAAACUGCAAGAAGAGCAGAGAAAGAAUGCACAUCUCUUGCAGAAAAUUGAGGAACUAGAAUUGCGCUGUAAGCAUCUGGAGGAGGAAAAUAGCCGUUUGCGAUUGUCUGACAUCGUCCAUCAGACGCAUUUCACCUUUGAGGGGCCCAAGUUGGAGUGCUUUUCCUGUAGAAAUGAGUAUUCCACCCAUCACAAUGAUGCUGAGGGAUGCAGGUUUCACCCGAUCCCUUCAAUGCCCUUUGAAAGUUGGCGUAACUGCAUCCCAGCCGAAGACCUGCCAGCCAAUUUUCCAGUCAGCCACAGGAGUCGCUAUCACUUCUGGGCUUGCUGCAACAUCCUGGCCACACGGAGGCCUGAAGGGUGCUGCCACGGGCGCCACCAUCAGCAGUGGGAGAUGGAUAUCUUGAUGAGACAGGUCCUUGUCGAAGGUUCAGAGCAUUCUGCAUUUACAGAGCCUCUCAGAGUACAGUAAAUUUCUUAUAUAAAUCUCUUCACCUACAUGAAAAAUGGAUUCCUUUUCAGAGCAUUCAGAACAAAAUUCUAUGGGGUUUUUUUUCUUCAAAAAUUGCUACCAAAUUCACCUAAAGGAUGUUCCAGAUCCUUCUAAUGAAAGAAAUUCCUCUGUGGGCUGGGUUGAUCUGGCUUGAGUUUGCUGCCUUUUCUGUUUUUUAAAUUUCCACUAUUACUCAAAAGACAAAAUUAUAGUCUGUUCCGUAUUCGUCUUGUUCCAAAAUAGUGGAUUAUUCAUUGGGGGGAGGGGGGGGGGGCUCUUUGAAUGAAAACCCUCAUGCUGAAGGUUUGUAAAAGGCUUGUAAAGGCUAUUACAUGAAAACUGAACUGAUACAUCUAUUGCCCAAAGUAUUGUGAUUAAUGCUAGGUAACCUACAUGUAUCCUGCUGACUGUAUAGCAGGUACAUGUACCUGUAUUCUGAAUUGUCUUUUUUAUUAAAAUUUUGUAAUUUACAUUCAGAGUCUCUUAUUUUCUACCAUCCAAUCUAAAGAAUGUCUGUAUUCUUAAAAGAUUCAGAACAACGAUAUAAAGUGAGGACCCCAGUUUUCAAUAUUUUCACAGUAGGCCUAUGCUGUGCAUUGUUGUGGAAAAUCUUUAAUGUGAAUAAUGUGCACUCAGAUCAUUUCAUGAAAAUGUUGUAAUUCUUGCAUCUGACUAUAUUUUUCAUUUUUCCCCAGACUACAGAAUUUUGAUGCGUGUGUCGUACAUGUGAGACAUUUUUUUUUAAAGAGUGAUAUAUCGAAAAGAUGUAUUUCAUUGACUCAUCCAGUGUAUGUCACAUAUCAGUUUUGAGCAUCACAUGUGCGGUGCCCCAUCCCAUUUCAAUGCAAACCACAAUAGAUAUUCUCAUAAUUUUGGAAGAAUGAAUUUUUUGUUUGCUGUAUCAUGUAAUUAUAUAGUACAAUCUUUCCUAUGUUUUUAUUCUGUAAAUAUACAUUUCAUUUUUAUUUUAUUGCCUCAUUGUAGAAUAGAUACAUUUUCCACAUGUGUGAUGUAAUAAUGUACAUAUUUUCUGUACUUUCUUUGUAUGACCAAGUGUCUUUCAUUUCCAGUACUACUACACUCAAUGGCCCGUAUUCUGAAGUCAGGUUUAACUUAAACUCAGGUUUGAAGUUGUGGUUUAAGUAUGGGAAGCCAAAAGUAUCAAUUUUUUUUAUUAAGUUGAACGUUUCUUUUGUUUACUGUGCUCUUUCCUGAUUCAUCGAUGGUGAAGACAAUAAUAUAUUUAUACUUCCUAGGCAAUUAUGAAUGAUCUAAGAGCCAAAUGAGCUGAAAUAUGAUAUCUCUACUGUUAAAUAUUUAUGUAACAAUUGGCUAUCCAUACUUAAACCACAACUUUAAACCUGAGUUUAAGUUAAACCUGCUAUCAGAAUACGGGCCUAUGUAUUCAAGUACGUGACUACAGGUAUGUGCAGUAAGGGAUGCACCAAACUAUACCCAGGGGGAGGCUGGAAGUUUGGGUUGAUGCC